AUGGCGACCUACGAAGAGCUACUGGCUCAAUCCUUUGGCACGGACGAACAAAGAGCUCGAUAUAGAACAUUCCCACGACCACGUCCACGUCGUCGUGCACCAGAACCACCAGAAUAUUAUGGAAAAGUGAUGACAACAUGCUGCAUUGCAACUGACAGCCUGAUCUACUGCGUCCAGUAUUCCGUGAAAGCAGUCGUGAAACUGGCAAGAUCUUUCUGCAUUUCUCUGAAUCAGGAGGCGUCCACCACUGACCCAGAAAACACGAAUGCUGUUGAAACAGUUGCAACAGACGAUGCUGAUACUGAUACAAUCUUCACAGAUGACGACGAAAAUGAUUCUACUAUUACAACGGAAGAUGCCGACACUCUUCCGAUAGAUGAGGUUGAAUCUAAGCCUUCUGACUAUGCCUAUGCUUACAACCACGGCGCGUCUGAUGGUGAAGACACUGAUAAUGAUGCUUUUGAAAUUGAGGACUCACAAGAUGAGGAGACUGAUGGAUACGCCGGUGACAGUGACGCCACUCUCGAAAACUGA